AUGGAUUAUUCAAACUACGCCGGUCACCAAUCUCAACCGUUUUCCCUCUACGGCCUUCCAACCCCCGACCAACAGCCUCACAACGACGAUGCCGUCCUCCGUGACUCCUUCUCGUUGAAUAACUAUAAUCAGCAAUACUUCCCCGGCUUCGAUCCGCGUCUCGACCCCUCAUCUUUCGGUGCGCCACCACAUUCACCCCCCGACUCCUUCACCAAGCACUCCGACUCGCAUAGUGCGAAGCAGGAGCCUAGCUCGAUUGAUGGAGAUGAAAAUCAUUUAAUGGAUCUCUCUGUCGAGCGCAGUGAUAGCGAAGAGAAGGACUCGAUGACACCAGCGCAGAGCAAACGCAAAGCGCAAAACCGAGCAGCCCAGCGAGCAUUCCGCGAGCGAAAAGAGCGACACGUGAAAGACCUUGAAGAAAAGGUUGCCAGCCUCGAAGCAGCAUCAUCCAAAAUGCAAGCCGAUAACGAACGACUCCAGCGUCAGCUAUCCAAAUUUUCGACGGAGAACGAGAUUCUCCGAGCAACAUCCCACUCUAUGACUGGCAAUAACAACAACUUUACAAAUGGCUCUACCGAGCCCACUGUAACCGGCCCGAUGAAGUACUCUCCAACAGACUUCUACACGACUUUAAAUCCAAGUGCCUCGCCAGGCGAAGCUUCAGCCUCUGCUCACGGCGACACUCAGAACUUGCCUCAUCGUAACACCAUGUGCCAGAUUACCGGCGAGCGGCUUCUAGAUGUCCGCGCUACGUGGGAUCUGAUUCAAAAUCACCAGAUGUUUAAGCAGGGUCUUGUUGAUGUGGCCGAUGUUACUGAGCGACUGAAGGGCAUGGCUCAAUGUAAUGGACAAGGCCCUGCGUUUAGGGAGUCUGAUAUCCUUCGGGCUAUGGCAGAGAGCUCGGCGGUUCGCGAUGAGUUGAUCUAA